AUGUUUUGCCAAUCUUGGGGGAUUAAGCACAGCGUAUCGGCUCCGUAUCACCAGCAGGCGAACGGGAAGGCUGAAUCUGCAGUCAAAAUCACCAAGACACUGUUGAGGAAGGCACAUGAGUCCAAGCAGGAUUUUUGGGAACUCUUGCUUCAGUGGCGAAAUACACCAAACAAAACAGGCAGUUCACCAGCUCAACGGUUGUUCAGUCGACGAACGCGAUUUGGAAUACCGAUGUGUGAAGAAAAGUACUCACCUAAAAUUGAGGAGAAAGUAAAGGAGAAGAUUACGCUGAACCGCCGGAGAGCUAAAGCCUACUACGAUCGCCAAUCUCGCUCGCUACCUGAGUUGGAGAUUGGUCAACCGGUCUUCGUUAAGCUGAAACCAACUGACAAGGAGUGGAAGAAAGGAACGGUUAUCAAUCCAGUAUCAGAUCGAUCAUCAGUAGUUGCAGUAGAGGAUCGAGAAUAUCGUCGUGACAACACGCUGAUCAAAGCAAAGCGUGCAUUUGAAGAACCACCAUUUCCAGUCAAGCAAGAGGAAGGUACUGCACAUAUUGCAGUUUCGACCUCUAAUUCCAGUACACCAGGCAGCGCGUCUUCUAUGGAGGAGACCGCACGUCCCAGGCGUGCUGUCCAGGUUCCCAAGCGGUUCCAAGAUUUCGAAAUGUACUAA